ACUGUCAACCACACAAUUAUCUGGAAUUAUCUCCAGGGAACGCUGAGCUCCAUAAGAGAGGGUCUGUUUAGGAGAAGAGGAAUUGGGGAGAAGGCUGUGAAGGGCUCGGCUUGCAGUGCCAUGAAGAGCUUCCCCGCGGCAACCCUUGCACUCCUAGUUUUCAUCCUGAGUGUCCACCUCGGAGCUGCCACACGUGGCAGCAAUGUGGCCAAGUACUGCUGCUUCCAAUUCACCCAAAAGACCCUUCCCUGGAGAUUCGUGCAAAGCUAUGAAUACACUAGGAACAGCUGCCCCCAGCAGGCUGUGAUAUUCACUACCAAAAGAGGCCAGAAAGUCUGUGCACAACCAAAGGAAAAAUGGGUGCAAAGAUAUGUUUUUUUACUGAAAGCUCAACAACAGUUGUGACUGAAGGAUUUUCAGCCCGAGGACACUGAGACCCUGCUCCUGGCCCCGCUGUCCUUGGCAGAGCCUGGAGAAUUUCUGCAACAGAGGGCUCCAUGGGCCUGGUGGAGCUGAAGAGGUGUUUUCCACUAGAGUUUUCUUUAGUGAAGGGUUUUUGGGUGUGCCAAGAUUUGACUUGCUCAUUCUUAUUCUGUAAACCUGAUUUUCUUCAAAGGAAUGAAACUGUCAAUAUUUGCAGCCAACUUCCUGGUAGGCCCCCUGAUCCCUGAGCUGACCCUGGUGUUUAAUUCUGCCUUCAUGUUUUUGUGCAAAAAAACCCAUGGACAAUUAUGAUACAUUUUGGCUAAAUGCCCAUUAAAUGUUCUAAUGUUGUUUGGACAGGUAAGUUUAUGUUACUUGGAAAAUUCUGUGUAACACCUCAUAGCCUGUUGGUUCUGGGUAAAUGAAAUGCCUCCAUAUUUGGCACUGGAUUGUUUUUAAUUAAUGAAACAUGAAUAUUAUCUACUUAUCAAUCCUAGAAUGCUUAUAUCUAUAUAGCCUAAAGAAAUUUUUUAAAAAAUAUUUAGAGAUUCACAAGAAGUUGCAAAAAAUAAUAGAGAUAUUGGGUGUAUAUUUUACCCAGUUUCCUCUAAGUGUUACAUCUUACAUAAUUAUAAUAAAAUAUGAGACCCAGGAAAUUGAUAUUGGUAUAGUGUUUAUAUAGUUCUCUCGUUUUAUUUGUGUAGACUUCAUCACAAACAAGAUACAGAUAUAUUCCAUCACCACAAAGAUCUCCUAGUAGUAUCUCUUUAUAGUCAUUCCUUACCUCUCCACCCAUUAUUAACUCCUGGCAACCAUUAUUCUGUUCUCUUCUAUAAUUGUGUCACUUCCGGAAUGUUAUAUAAAUGGAAUCAUAUGAAAUGUG